GUGUGACAGCUAUUGUUACGUACACAAUUGCAAAUGAAGUAGUAGCACAAUACCCACACCAACGAACCAAUCCAUUGAUAUGUGAGUAACCUUCUACCUUCCCAUUCGUCACAACAACCCCAUUACUCUCUCUUCCAUCAUUAAUGUAUUGUUGAGCCUCUGAAUAGCUUAUAAAUCCUUAGAGGCUUCAAGAAUGUCGACACAUAUGGGGGAUGUAUCUAACAAUGGUAGUAGUAUAAGAAAUAUUGACUCAUUUUGUAGUGUAGCUGAAUUGGAAGACAUUGAUUUCUCGAGGUUACCUAAGCCAAGACACUUGAAUAUUGAGAGGCAGGGCUCAUAUGAUGAGAGGUCCCUUACUGAAACUCAACUAGGGUUCUCUCCCCAUCCCCCUUCUAGAGCUGAAAAUUUCUUCCGCGCUUUGGAACAUUUUGAUGGUGUAUUUUCGCCAUCAAAAAGAUCGGGGUUCACUACUCCCAGGUCACCUUUUGGGCAAGGGCCACAUCCUAUGGUUGCCGAGGCUUGGGAAGCUUUGAGGCGAACGUUGGUGCACUUUCGUGGGCAGCCUGUUGGGACAAUUGCUGCACUAGAUAAUUCAGAUGAAAAGCUUAACUAUGAUCAGGUGUUUGUUAGAGACUUUGUUCCAAGUGCGCUGGCUUUUCUGAUGAACAGGGAACCCGAAAUAGUAAAGAAUUUCAUCCUGAAAACUCUUCGUCUUCAAUCGUGGGAGAAAAAGAUAGAUCGAUUCCAAUUGGGAGAGGGUGUAAUGCCAGCUAGUUUCAAGGUACUUCAUGAUCCGGUUAGAAAUACCGAGACAUUAAUUGCAGAUUUUGGUGAGAGUGCGAUAGGAAGAGUGGCUCCUAUUGAUUCUGGAUUUUGGUGGAUUAUAUUACUUCGUGCAUACACAAAGUCUACAGGGGACACCUCCCUGUCUGAGAUGCCAGAAUGCCAGAAGGGUAUGCGCCUGAUACUCAGUUUAUGUCUUUCAGAGGGGUUUGACACAUUUCCAACUCUUCUUUGUGCUGACGGCUGCUCUAUGAUAGAUCGUAGAAUGGGUGUGUAUGGGUACCCCAUAGAAAUACAGGCGCUAUUCUUCAUGGCUUUAAGAUGUGCUCUUCUUUUGCUCAAGCAUGAUGCUGAAGGGAAGGAGUUCAUAGAACGCAUUGUGAAGAGACUGCAUGCGUUGAGUUACCACAUGAGAAAUUACUUUUGGCUUGAUUUAAAGCAACUUAAUGACAUAUACCGAUAUAAAACUGAAGAAUAUUCCCACACAGCAGUCAACAAGUUUAAUGUCAUGCCUGAUUCUCUUCCAGAAUGGGUUUUUGAUUUCAUGCCCGUUUCUGGUGGCUAUUUCCUUGGAAAUGUUGGUCCAUCAAACAUGGAUUUCCGUUGGUUCUGCUUGGGCAACUGUAUUGCAAUUUUAUCAAGCUUAGCAACCCCCGAACAGGCAACCAAGAUCAUGGAUCUUAUUGAGUCACGUUGGCAUGAAUUGGUUGGAGAGAUGCCUUUGAAGGUUUGUUAUCCGGCUAUAGAGGGACAUGAGUGGCGGAUUGUAACAGGAUGUGACCCAAAAAACACUAGAUGGAGCUACCACAAUGGGGGAUCGUGGCCAGUGCUUCUAUGGCUCCUCACAGCAGCAUGUAUCAAGACGGGGAGGCCUCAGAUUGCAAGGCGUGCCAUUGAACUUGCUGAACAACGGUUGUCCAAGGAUGGGUGGCCUGAAUAUUAUGAUGGAAAACUUGGCCGAUUCAUUGGCAAGCAAGCUCGUAAAUACCAAACAUGGUCAAUUUCUGGUUAUUUGGUGGCAAAGAUGAUGCUUGAAGACCCAUCCCAUUUGGGAAUGAUUUCACUCGAGGAGGACAAACAGCUGAAACCUGUCUUGAAACGAUCAGCUUCGUUUUGAUUGAUACAUUUCUAGCCUAAUAUGUUGUCACAUGUCCCAGAAUGUGGGAGAAUACAAUUGAAACUCCCAGGUCAAGCGAGAGAGAGGUAUAAAAAAAAAAAAAAAAAAAAAAAAAAAAAAAAAAAAAAAAAAAAAAAAAAAGAGGAGUAGAACUAACAAGUCCUUGUAAGAAUUAGUAUAGGUAGUCCGAUUUGGUUAGUCUGAUUCUUUCCUGUUUACCUGGAAUUCUUCCAUUCUUGCUAUUUGUCUGUUUACCAGACUUGCUAAUCUUGUUUCUUGAACUCAGUUUUAGCUACAUUUUCAUUAUGUUUAGUUUACCUUAUGGGUUAUGA